AUGCCUCCCUUGGCGUUUUCCAGUCUUCCUCUCCCAAAGGCCCUCCGUGGCCUGCCCCCAGCCGUCACAUGGCAGAUCCUCCUCCUCGUCGCCGUCAACGCCAUCGUCUGGGCUUCGAUCGGUGUCGUCCUGCAUUACUUUCCGAAACUCAUCUCCUCCGCCGUCCUGUCCUACACACUUGGCCUCCGCCAUGCGCUGGAUGCGGAUCACAUCAGCGCCAUCGAUCUCAUGACGCGACGGCUCAUUGCCUCUGGCCAGCGUCCCGUGAGUGUCGGCACCUGGUUCAGUCUGGGCCACUCAACCAUUGUGGUGGUUACCUGUGUGGUCGUCGCUGCCACCAGCGGGGCGCUGAGGGACCGAUUUGAUGGGUUCCAGAGGGUCGGCAACAUCGUCGGCACGAGCGUGAGUGCGGCUUUCUUGUUGAUCCUCUGUGCCGGCAACACCUGGGUGCUGUAUCGACUGGUGAAGAGGUUACAACAGCUGUUGCGCGAGCAGCACGAGCGACGGCAGGGUGGUGAUGAGGACGCCGCGCAGGAGGACCAGGCAGCUGGGCAGCUUAGCCUCGAGGGUGCUGGGUUUCUGGCAAAUGUGUUUCGCAAGCUAUUCGUUCUCGUCGAUCGGCCGUGGAAAAUGUAUCCCCUUGGGGUGAUGUUCGGCUUGGGUUUUGACACGAGCUCCGAGAUUGCCAUCUUGGGCAUUGCCAGUAUUCAAGGCGCGUCGGGAACGAGCCUGUGGCUGAUCUUGAUAUUCCCUGUUCUUUUCACUGCCGGCAUGUGUCUCAUCGACACGACCGAUGGAGCUCUGAUGAUGGCUCUGUACACCUCCAAGGCCUUCGCAAGGGAUCAUAUCGCUAUUCUCUAUUACUCGAUCGUCCUGACCGGAAUAACCAUCAUGGUCUCGGCCUUCAUUGGGAUAAUCCAGCUCUUGACUCUUGUGCUCAAUGUUGCUGAGCCCGAAGGAAGCUUCUGGGAUGGUGUUGGGGCUAUCGGAGACAAUUUUGAGAUCAUCGGCGGCAGUAUCUGUGGCCUCUUCCUUGUCGUUGGGUUGGGCUCUGUUCUUAUCUACAAGCCUUGGAGGAGAAGGAUGGAUCAACGAGGCCUCUUGCGCCACGAGGAGGAUGGACAAGCCGAGAUUGAAGCUGGCCCUCACGAGUCGAGGUGA